GUGAUCUCCUGGAGGACUUAGAGCGGAGUCCUCACGCUGCGGCCAUCGCUGAGUGCUUCGUGGAAAGGAGUGAAGCGUUCGACAUCUACACCCUCUACUGCAUGAACUACCCAAAUUCGGUGGCCGUGCUGAGGGAGUGCAUGAAGAACAAAACGCUGGUUUGCUUCUUCCAGGAGAGACAGACGACCCUGAACCACUCGUUACCUCUGGAGACGUACCUGCUGAAACCGGUGCAGAGGAUCCUCAAAUACCACCUGUUACUGCAGGAACUCCUGAAGCACUUUGACAAGAGCGACCCGGGAUAUGAGGUCGUGGAGGACGCCAUCAUCACCAUGACCGCGGUCGCCUGGUACAUCAACGACAUGAAGAGGAAGCAGGAACACGCAGUGCGACUACAGGAGAUCGAGUCCCUGCUGGUGAACUGGACCGGACCGGACCUCUGCGGGUUCGGAGAGCUGGUCCUGGAGGGUUCUUUUAAAGUCCAGAGAGUGAAGAAGGAGAGAGCGUUCUUCCUCUUCGAUAAGAUGCUUCUGAUCGCCAAGAAGAGGCUGGAGCAGUUCGUCUACAGCACGCACAUAUUCUGUUGUAACCUCCUGCUGGUCGAGACCCUGAAGGAUCCUCUCUGCUUCAAAGUGUCCGAUCAGACCAUCCCCAAACAGCAGCACGUGGUCCAGACGAAGAACCAGGAGGAGAAGAGACUGUGGUCGCACUACCUCAAGAGACUGAUCGUAGAGAACCAUCCGGCCUCGCUCCCACAGAAGGCGAGGCAAGUCCUGGGAGACAACUUCUGCCAAUCGCCUCAGUUCGACCAGGAGAACCUGAAGAAGUCGUCGGCGUUGUCGAGGUUCGACGACAUCCACAGCUAUCACCGCGGCCGGCGUCAGUCAGAGCCUCCAGAGCUGCUCAUGUACACGCCUGAGAAGUCCAGGAAGAGCCUCCCUCUGCUGCUGGAGGGAAACCUGCCGUACAGACGCACCAGGAGACAGUCAGCUCCGGCUAAAGACAUCGAGUCGGCAUUUCAUCCCAACGCUUUGAAGCAAGCAGGAAGUGAAGGUGAGCUGUGCCAGGCAGAAAGUCUGGGAUUGGCCAGCAGCAGCAGCACGCUCGCCUCGUCUGUGAUCGAGGUGGAAGCUGAGCGGACCGAAGCGGGCCUGAUGCCACAGAAGCAGAAUCGUAAACAACAGGAAGAGGAGGAAGACGAAGAAGAGGAGUUGACGUCCCUCAGUCCUCCUCCCACCCUGUCCAUCACAGAGGAGAUCCUGGAGUUCAUCAACCAGAGCAGAGCCAGGGAAGGGUUGGCCGCCAUCCGCUCUGAUCCGAAGGAGGACGUCCAAGAUCCACCCAAAGACUCUCAGCCCUCAUCCGACCAGACCAACUUCACCUGCCCGCUGCCCCCAGUCGCCUGCACCUCCAGCCCAGAACAAAGUCUAACAGGCGAACAGGAGCAGGAGAGCGCUGAAGUGAAGAGUGACGUCGCACUCCAAAGUCAGACCGGUCGCUCUGGAGAGGAAAGGAACAAGAAGACUACUGAUGAAGCUGAAGACGCCCUGGGAGAACCAAGUCCGGCAGAAAAGGGACCGGAAGCAGUCGGAGGAACACUCGGAGAACUGGUAGAAAAAGAAACAGAAGAGGAGAAAACAAGGGAUGAAGAAGAGGAGGGAGGAGGGAACAUCACUGCUGCCCAAACACCAGAUCCUCAUCCCUCUAUCACGAUAGAAGAAGAGCCGGUCUUCUUACCCAAGGAGGAGGAACAUACCGAGGCUGCCACCCCGACUCAAAAUCCAGACACCAUUCGUCACCCUCUCCAGAGGCGCCACCCGCCCACGAGGGGCGCCCACCUCACCAAGCGGGACCAAAAGAUCAUCGAGAAGAUCCGGAGCUACUACGAGGCGGCAGCCGAGGCCGAAGAGGACGAGGAAGAGGAGGAGGAUGAGCAGGGAGAAGGAGGGGCUUCAAAAAGGAGAAACAGUUUCUCACAGAUCCCGUCAGGCCUGGUGAAGGACUCGGUGUCCCGGUUUGAUGUGUCUGAACACCAGGGGGAGCCAGAGGUCGCACCCUCCUCCGCUUCAGAGACAAGUGAAGUCCUGAAAAGAGGAACUGAGUCAGAGCUUUGUUCUCCCGUCAGUCCCGUGAUCCCGGAUACCGUACCUGCAGCAGACGAUGAUAGUCCGGCAAGUGGCUUCGUGGAGGGUUCAAUCAAGUCCCCAACCUCGUCCAUCAUGCAGGACAUGAUCACCGAGGAGCGAGAGUGUCAAGACCAGCAGUCCGACUUUAAAAGGCCUGAUGGAGAAGAGGCUGAGAUACAAGACAAAAAUGGAGGACGACUAGAGGAAGAGGAGGAGGAGGAAGAGGAGGAGACAUGUGUUGGAGGUUUACAGCAAGCAGAAGGACCGCCUGUUCCCAAACAGUGCCGAGACCAAACCACCAAAACAAGUCCUGGAAACCCCGCUGUGAUGAACGGGCAAGAACCAAACCAAGAGAGCCCAGCAGAACCAAAAGGAAGCCUUAAGGAACCAUCAAAACCUCUCACCAAAACCCAGACCAUGAUGGCAAGAACCAAACAACAAGAACUUACCAAGACCAGUGGGAAUCUUGAGGGUCUCCCCAGUCAGAUCAAAGUGGGUCGGUGGUCUCGCCACUCCAGGAUCGUCACGGCAAACCGGGCCUUGUUUGAAGGCAUGACAUCAGACAUAACAGGCAUACGGUUGUUUGAGGCCGGCCCCGCAGAGGAUCCCAUUCUCCUGGAGAACUCUGAGCGUAUCCUGAGCAAGGUCCAGACGUUGGCUAAGAUGUACGGCGCCAAAGCCAGCACCAUGAAGGUCCCGCUGCAUCAGAAACGGGCCAGCGCAGUACGGAACCAAUCGCUGAUCUCAGGGAGACUUUCUGGACUCUCAACUCAGACCCAGACUGAAGGCAAGACUCAUCAGGUUAAGUCUCAGACUCGAAUGCAGACCCCGAUAGAGUACCGGCAGCAAACAAUGAGAGAAUCAGUUUCCACCAGGACUCAAACUCUCCCAGAGACCAAAGCUCAAAGCCAAACCACAACACAACCUGCUCAUACCAAAACCCAGGCGUGGAGUCAGGCGCAGACGUAUUACCAAAGCCAGAACCAGAGCAAGACUUACCAGGGUCAAACAUUGACCCGGGUGGACCGAGCGAUCCAGGAGAAAAGGAUAAGGAGGGCCCACAGCUUGACAACAGAUCUCCAGGAGACAGCGGUGACCCCCUCCGAGCCUCUGCUGUUCGGGCAUGUGUUCGUCAAGGAGCAGUUGUCCCUGACAUGUCACCAACAGGCAAACGGCGUCAUCCUCUCCAGGCCGAGGGACUUCAUCUCCGCCUUAACCAAAGACAGAGACCCCCAGGUGGGAUGUGGAUCAGAUGAUAUUCCUCAGCCUUUAACAGGAGACAGCUCAUGUGCUCCAACAAGAGAGGAGUCGUCAUCGAUUCAGAGCUACAACUCUGAGCACAGCUGGGCCGACAAGUCCUCUACGGCAUCCAGAUCUCACCUCAGAACACAACCUGAAGAGGAGCGCUUCGUG